CCUCCGCCUGCUGAAGUCAGCCCAUGCGCGCUCCCGUGCCGUAGAAGCGAAUGCGGUGCUGCAAGGAGCAGACCCCAAGACUCCAGCCCCCCUUUUCAACGCGAAAAUAACACGUAUUUCGUUCCUUACCAGAGUCUUCUGAGGAAUAACCUUCAGUGCUGACUCUUUGGGAUGCAGGGACUGUCUGGUUGGUAGAUGCCUGCAGGCUGUCAAUGCGUGGUGUUCAUCGAGACCGAAUUUAAGGAGAAGUGUUUGGGUUGAGCUUCUGACCACCCUGCAAGCCGGACCCAGCGUCCUAUCUCUGAUCUCCUGCCAAGGAGAUAGCAGUUGCUGCACACACUAUACCUGACCCCUGCCCCGUCCCAUCCCCACCGCCACAAUGGUGCUGUCACAGAGGCAACGUGACGAGCUAAACCGAGCGAUAGCUGAUUACCUUCGUUCCAACGGAUAUGAAGAGGCAUAUUCAGUUUUCAAAAAGGAGGCGGAAUUAGACAUGAAUGAGGAAUUGGAUAAGAAGUAUGCAGGUCUAUUGGAAAAGAAAUGGACUUCAGUCAUUAGAUUACAGAAAAAGGUGAUGGAAUUAGAAUCAAAACUGAAUGAGGCGAAAGAAGAGAUUACUUUAGGUGGGCCAAUUGGGCAGAAGCGAGAUCCCAAAGAAUGGAUUCCCCGUCCUCCUGAGAGAUACGCCCUGAGCGGCCACAGGAGUCCUGUCACCAGAGUCAUAUUCCAUCCUGUUUUCAGCGUCAUAGUCUCUGCCUCAGAGGACGCAACAAUAAAGGUAUGGGACUAUGAAACAGGCGACUUUGAGCGGACCCUCAAGGGCCACACAGACUCGGUGCAGGACAUUUCCUUUGACCAUACUGGAAAGCUGCUAGCCUCCUGUUCAGCGGACAUGACCAUUAAGCUCUGGGACUUCCAGGGCUUCGAGUGUAUCAGGACCAUGCACGGGCAUGACCAUAAUGUUUCAUCUGUAGCUAUUAUGCCCAAUGGAGAUCACAUAGUUUCUGCCUCAAGGGAUAAAACCAUUAAAAUGUGGGAGGUGGCCACUGGGUACUGUGUCAAGACAUUCACCGGUCACAGAGAGUGGGUGCGCAUGGUGCGGCCCAACCAAGACGGGACCCUGAUCGCUAGUAGUUCUAAUGACCAGACGGUGCGUGUUUGGGUGGUGGCCACAAAAGAGUGCAAGGCAGAGCUGCGUGAGCAUGAGCAUGUUGUGGAGUGCAUUUCUUGGGCCCCUGAAAGCGCCCAUCCCACCAUCCUAGAGGCGACUGGCUCAGAGACCAAGAAGAGCGGGAAACCUGGUCCUUUCCUGUUGUCUGGUUCCAGAGACAAGACUAUCAAGAUGUGGGAUGUGAGCACUGGCAUGUGCCUUAUGACACUGGUUGGCCAUGAUAACUGGGUGCGUGGGGUUCUUGUGCAUCCUGGAGGAAAGUUCAUCGUGAGCUGUGCUGAUGACAAGACUUUGAGGAUCUGGGACUACAAAAACAAGCGUUGCAUGAAGACCUUGAGUGCCCAUGAACAUUUUGUUACCUCUCUGGAUUUCCACAAAUCGGCUCCGUAUGUUGUCACUGGCAGCGUAGAUCAAACAGUAAAAGUGUGGGAGUGUCGCUGAUCGUACCCGCAGGACCUUUCACAACACCUCCAUGCUCCCCCCACCCCCCGGACCCCUUCUACUUCCCCCUCAGCUUCCUCCUGUUCUUCUGGAUGCACUCGAACACCACGGUUAUCACCCACCAAGCUCCGGUUCAAUAGCGUGUCCUUUUAUGUAAAUUAUUCAUGAUGUAGAUCGAGCUAUUAAAUGAAAAUGAAAAAAAAAAAAAAAAAAGAAUUCUUGCAUGGUGAAUCCAAAACUGUAUACUGUAAAUUUACAUAAUGUUGUCUAGAAGUACCAUAGGUUUAACACGGGCUGAUCUUUCACUCAGCUUGACCUACCGAAGGCAGAAGCUGACUGGGUUAAAUGUAGGGCACUAAACUGAUAAUUUAAUGACAGUGUCUGAUUAAUUUUGUCUAAUUUUUAUUUAGAUUUGUUUUUGUUUUUUUUGUUUUUUUUUUCACUGUCUUAGUCUGUUUGUGCCUAGCUUGGAGACCUUUCAAGGGGCAAAGGCUACAGAACCAACCUAUAAUGCUGAGGUGGAGAGUUGAUCUGAUCGUCUAUGGGGCUUGUUAUCAAAGUUAUUCUGUAGCUUUGUUACAUCACUUCUGGAGUGUACUUACCAUUCUCUUUUUGUGGAUUUAGAUAACAUUUAAUGGUUGCAUCUAUGAACGUUUCAUGUGUUUUGUCUGGAAACCUUUGGGAAUAAAUCUUUGUACGCUUGUCAUGA